ACUCUCUCCGAUUACAUAGCGUCUUAUCUGCGGUUCUUUCUCACUGCUUGGAUACCAUUCGCCAUGUCGAGUGCAACGAUAACCUCGAUUUCAUCCACUCCCACUCCUUCUGGGUCAUCAGACAGGUCAUCAGUCACACCCUCUGCAUCGCUAUCGUCAUCUUCAUCUCCAUCUUCUUCUUCGUCCUCAUCGAGUAGUGAACCACCAAAAACACAUAGCGUCAAAGUGGGAGCAGGAGGUUUCAAGUAUGAACCGCAAGAGCUGAAAGAUGUCAAGGUAGGGGACACUGUGGAUUUUGAGUUCUACCCGCCAGAUCACUCCGUGGCUAGGGCUGAGUUCGGAAGCCCCUGUGUGCCCUAUGAAUACACAGGAAAGGACAAGGUUGGCUUCUGGAGUGAGACCCAAUGGGUUAACACUGUGAACGAUCUCACACACUUCCAACUCAAAAUCAACUCGUCGGAACCCAUCUUCUUCUACUGCGCGGCGCCUCGAUCUUGUCUGGACCACGAGAUGGUGGGCGUGAUCAACCCCAACUCGACACAAACUCUGGAUGCGCAGAUCAAGGCGGUCAAGGAUUCUUCGUUCCAGGUCGCGCCUGGUGAAGAAAUCCCUAAGGAGGCAACCUCGACCCUCACAAAUACACACGGCGCCACCGGAACACCAGAUCCGGUCAACAUCAACAGCAAUUCCCACCACGGUCUCAGCGGAGGCGUCAUCGCCGGAAUCGUCGUGGGUGCAGUCGCCUUCUUGGUGCUUUGCGCGGCAUUGUUCUUCUACGUUGGUCGGGCGAAGAGUCUAAAGGAGAUGAUGAACAAAAGAGAGACGACAGCUAGUACACCGAUGCCCGGAGAUGGCCACAGCUCUUACGGAGGACCAUCGCCAUAUCCAGGAUCCCCAGGAUUUCCACCAGCCAGCAUAUACAGUGCCAACAUGCAACAAGCAGAGUACGGUGGGCAGUUACCUCCCUAUGGGCAGCAGAACGUAACGGAUCAACACAUGAGUGGUGUUUUCACUCCGAUGCAAUCGCCACGGAUGUCGGAAAUGAAAGAACACAACCACACAGUACCGGCGGAACUGGCAUCACCCCCCGCGCAGCAGCAGUCCUUCACGGCCGAACUGGAGGCGCCCAACCACGCACAGAAGUGA